UUCUGGGUGAUUACAAUUCUUAUAUAGGACCAUGUUUAAAAUAUCUAGGCUAAGAUAAAAUUUGUCCAGAUUUUUAACCCAGAGGGUUAGCCAUCCAGGAUAACCCAAAAAAGUCAGUGCAUCAUCGAGGAUUGUCUUAUUUCUAUUGGGGUCCUUCAAUACUGAGCCCCAGGAUGCAUCUCCUAACAGUCGUCUAACACCCAGGUACCUAGUUACUGCUAGGUGAACAGGGAUGGUAGGUAUAAGGAAGCAUGUCCAGUGUUUCCACCCUUGCCGGGGAUUGAACCAUGGACACUCGGUGUGCGAGGCGAGUGUGUUGCCAACUGAGCCAGUGACCUAUUUUCAUUGGGUCCUUGUAAUACUUGACUAUUAUAUGACUAGAGGUUAUGCACUAGCAUACCUAAAGUCCUACCUUAACAACAGACACCAAGAUUGUUAAAUCAUUAAGAGCUGUUAACAGAAUGUACAGUAAAUUUUUUCUCACAGGGUACAGUUCACUAUUAUACUUAUGAAUAAAUUUGCCUGCUGAAAUCAUUCAAGUUAAAUCAGUGCUCAAUUUAAAAUAUAAAUGGGAUAAACUCAUCAGACAGUAUGUAAUGGGACCCUUCAUAAGUCCAGAAGCUGUUGGUCAAACCCUUUCCCAACACAGCUAGGUUAGUAAUAUGUCAAAAAGAUAGAUUGAUAUCAGAGUACGUACGAGGGAAAGAAAAGUGAAACUUAAACCCUUCAAACAAUUAAGCAGAUAAGCAGUGGCCCCAGAAGCUAAAACUCUCCCCUUUCAAACAGCUAAUUAGAUGAAUAGCAGGCUCAGGAAUAGUUUAUUUGGACAUGAUAUAUAAUUGUACAAGGAGCACAAAGCACUAAAUUAUUUUACAUUUAGCUACAGUCUUUGUAAGAUCAUUUUAUUAUUUGAAUAUUAUAAAAUAUGAGAGUUUAAGGUAUAGGCCAAUGAAAAGCAGGGGUGUCACUAGCACGUUAAGAGACCAUACAAUAAGUGUCAGGGGCCCGAGACUGUUCAACUGCCUCCCAGCAUACAUAAGGGGGAUUACCAACAGGCCCCUGGCAGUCUUCAAGCUGGCACUGGACGAGCACCUAAAGUCGGUACCUGACCAGCCGGGCUGUGGCUCGUACGUUGGUUUGCGUGCAGCCAGCAGUAACAGCCUGGUUGAUCAGGCUCUGAUCCACCAGGAGGCCUGGUCACAGACCGGGCUGCAGGGGCGUUGGCCCCCGGAACUCUCUCCAGAUCGUCAGGUCCCAAGUACCAUUCGUCUCCAUUCACUCCUAUCUAACACGCUCACACACGCUUGCUGGAAGUCAAGCCCCUCGCCCAUAAAACCUCCUUUACCGCCUCUCUCCAACCCUUUCGAGGACAACCCCUACCCCGCCUUCCUUCCCCAGAAUCCCAGGAACUAAGGUUCCUAAACAUCAUGUUCAAGUUCAAUUUCAAUGUGGAAACUGAGGAUGAAAUUGAGUCUUCAUCUGUUUCCUCAGAACAAGUGAUAAACUCAAAACAAUGGCUACCUGCACAAAAACAUGAAGUUAACUCCAAACAUAUCCAAUCUUUGUCUUUAGACACUGUUGUUGAAGAAGUCACAAUAGGACAAACCAAAGUUAAAUAUUUGCAUAUGACGGAUGCUAUACAAAACCUACAGAAAGCAGGAGUUUCUAGCAAUAUUUCACCAGCAUUUGAAGAUCACACUGACCUUGUACCUGCAGUUUAUGAAGGUGGAUUAAAAGUGUGGGAAUGUACUUGGGAUCUUCUUCAAUUUCUUGCAGAUUCUGAUAUCAAGUUGAAAGGAAACAGAGUCUUGGAGUUGGGCUGUGGUACUGCUCUACCAGCUUUGUAUUGUGCUCUACAGGGUGCACACAUCACUCUUCAGGAUUAUAAUGAAGAGGUCAUUAAUUUCAUCACUAUACCAAAUGUCAUACUGAACCUAGCAGACUACCCCUUUGUUAAUAAUGUAAAUAUUACCACAGACAAUAUCAGACCUUCAAAUGACAUAAUUACAGAAAUUACAUCAAAAACCUCUUUUUACUCUGGCGACUGGAGUGAGUUUGACAAAUUGUUGUCAAAUAUCAACUAUGAACAGGUCAGCAAUAAUAACCCUGACAAUGACAAAACAAGCAGAAGCUGUCAAGAGUAUAAAUUUGACAUAAUUUUGACAUCAGAGACUAUCUACAAUCCAAAGUGUCAUCAGAGGUUGCUCACCCUUAUGACUAAUUGCUUGAAACAAGAUGGUGUUAUCCUUUUAGCUGCCAAGAGUUAUUAUUUUGGUGUUGGUGGAAGUACGUUACAGUUCGCUGAUCUUGUGAAGAGCCAAGGCAAACUGGACCUUAAGACACACAUCAUGAACAGUGAAGGUGUCAAGAGGGAAAUUUUAGAAAUGAAAUUCAGGAGAGAAUAAUAAAUACAAGGUAAAAUUCAAGAAUGUAUAUUUCAUAAUAUCCUUAAUCAUUACAUAUUGUUAAAAGCCAUCACAUGAACAAUUAGCCCUUAAUAAAAAUCUUUUGUAAUCUAGAUAAAAAAAAAUGCUAGUCUCA